UGAGAUGCUAGGUAAUUUCAAAAGAGUAGAAAUGUUUCUUUUUGAAAAUUUCAGUAUUUAAAAAAACUAGUAUUCACUCUGAUGCCAUUGGUAACUAGAACUGGUUGGGUUUUCUUGCUAGAAAGAAGUUGAGAAUGCUGAUUUUAUACCAUCAAUGCAAUCAGCUUUACUUCCCAGAACAUAGUAUAGCAGUGCAAGAGAGAGGGAGACUUAUCUACACUCUUUAUCUCAAAUCCACUGAUUUAGCUACUUUAAUUUCAUAAUACCAGUAGCACCUCCACCAGAGGGCAGAAAGUGGAAGAGAAAGGAGGUGAAAUAGAAAUUCAUACUUGGCUUCAGAAUGCCUGCAGAAACUUUUGAGGAUUGAAUCCAACCCUUAUUUUGUAAACUUAGUUAACCGUGGCCCAGAAAGACAAUGUGAUUUGUUCAAAGUAGAGCUGGCCUACAAAUCUCCUAGACUCUAUUUUCAGGCUUGUGUCUGUGCUGCCAUGACAUGUGAUGAUGCCGUAUCUUUCUUAGUAAGAAGAACACAGCCCUGAAAUUACACUGCCUCCAGGGAAUUCUGGUUCAGCAGUUGAUAGCUGUGUAACCCUAGGCUGGUACUUUGACUCCCUAAAUCUUUCUCAUCUUUAAAAUAAACAUUAUAUAGUACCUAUCUCAAAGUGGUUGCAUAUAGAGGGCUUAGUACAAAGCCUGCCCACAUACUAAGCUUAAUUUUUGUGAAUUAGAAUAAAGUUGUCAGAUACUGAAAGUCUAGUGUUUGCAACAUUGAUAGGUUCAGUGUUUCAACUAUUUUACCAUCCUGUACCUUUUACUAUGUCCUCUCAUUUCAGAAACAUAAUACUGAUUUUCCCCCCAUUUUUUACAAAUGUUUACUUUCUUCUCCCCCAGCAAUAAUAUUCGAGGAACAGGUGCCUGGUACAUACAUAGUUUGUUGACUAUGUAUGGCCUCCAGCAGAAUGGAGAUGGAUUUAUUCAAUAACCUCGAGUAAUUUUUGAAAUUUCCAUUAAAAGCUUGCAGAUAUUGGAUGAAAAUCUUUUCAAAGAAAAAUGCAAUGUAGUCUUUCCUCCCUUUUUCUUUUUGCCAAUGUUUGACAACUGUCUUGGGUUUCAAAUGGUGACAGUCAUCACCUUGUAAAUACCUGCGUUGCUGUCCUUGUCGCUGCCUGAGCAAGAGCGGCCGCUAGUAUGUGACAGGCCCAGAGUUGUGGCGUCUUGGUUUCAGCCAGGGGAUGCCCUUGGCAGGAAAUGGCAAAUUAGGCUUAUGGAAGAAGGUUGGGGGUUCCCUCCUCCCUGCAGCUUCAGCACAGUCUCAGGCAGUCUUGCAAAAGCAGUUUCUUCACUAAACAUGUAACAAGGCAAGUUUCCAUUUGCCUAACGCAGCUAAUGCUGGUCCCUGAAACAACUUUUUUGAGACAACAGUUGGCCUUUAAUUGACAGUGCCUGCAGUUAUUUGGAUUUUUACUUGGCUUCGCUCGUGCCUAAAAGAAAAUGGUCUAGGAUAUGAAGAUUUUGGAGUGCCGAGAAGUAACUUGUUUCCAACCGCUGUUCCCCACAGCCCAAACCUUCAGGUCUGGUCCUUAUCGUGCGGCCCUUGCGGGUGUACGUUUGACGCGAAGAGCGGUGAGGAGGCCAGCAGUCCGCCUAGCUUUCCAUCUUACCCUGGAAAAUAACUUCUUUGAAUGCAAAGAGGUGGGGUCGCGGAGGAUCUGCCAUCAAAGGUCUUGGAAGCUGAUGGUGAUAACAUGGAAGAUGGUUGCUCGCAGAAGCUGGCAACUGCUAAUAUUCUUCGUUUCUUAUUACUGGUCCUAAUUCCAUGUAUCUGUGCCUUCAUUGUCCUGCUGGUGAUCCUGCUUUCCUUUGUUGGAACAUUAAAGAAAGCCUAUUUUAAAUCAAAUGGGAGUGAACCUUUGGUCACUGAUGGUGAAGUCCAAGUGCCUGAUGUUAAUCUCACAAGUGCAGUUUGUAACGAGAGCGCUGUGGCCUCUGCUGUACCUCCCAACCAACACAUUCCAGCCUGGACCACGGAUACUUCUCUCCCAGGGGACCAAAAUCACAGGGAUGCAGGGACCUGUGUAAACAUCACCCACAGCCAGUGUCAGAUGCUGCCCUACCACACCUCCCUCACACCUCUCUCCUCACUUGUCGAAAACAUGGAAAUCGAGAAGUUCCUCAAGUUCUUCAUGUACCUGCAUCGCCUCAGUUGCUAUCAACAUAUCAUGCUUUUCGGCUGCAGCCUGGCCUUCCCCGAAUGCACCAGUGAUGGCGAUGCCAGUUAUGGACUCCUGCCCUGUAAGUCCUUCUGUGAGGCUGCAAAAGAGGGCUGUGAAUCCAUCCUGGGGAUGGUAAAUGCCUCCUGGCCCCAUUUCCUCAAAUGCUCUCAGUUUAGAAACCAAAUCGAAAGCAGAGAUGCCGGCAGGAUUUGCUUCUCACCACAACAGGAAAAAGGAAAGCAAUUGUUCUGUGGAGGGGGCGAGAACUUUCUUUGUGCCAGUGGAAUCUGCAUCCCCAGAAAACUGCAGUGUAACGGCUAUAAUGACUGCGACGACUGGAGCGAUGAGGCUCAUUGCAAUUGCAGCGAGGAUUUGUUCCACUGCCACACAGGCAGGUGCCUUCACAACAGCCUUGUGUGUGACGGGUACGACGACUGUGGGGACCUGAGUGAUGAGCGGGGCUGUGAUUGCGAUCCCACAAAGGAGCACCGCUGCGGCGACGGGCGCUGCAUUGCUAAGGAGUGGGUGUGUGAUGGUGACCACGAUUGUGGCGACAGGUCCGACGAGGUCAAUUGCUCCUGUCAUAGCCAGGGCCUGGUGGAAUGCAGAAGCGGACAGUGCAUCCCCAGCGUGUUCCAGUGUGAUGGCGACGUGGACUGUAAGGACGGGAGUGACGAGGAGCAUUGCAGUGACAGUCAGACUCCAUGUCAAGAAGGCGACCCAAGGUGCCUCUCCAGUUCCUGCCUUGAUUCAUGUGGUGGCAGCUCUCUCUGUGACCUGAACAACAGCCUGAAUAACUGUAGUCAGUGUGAACCAAUUACGUUGGAACUCUGCAUGAAUUUGCCCUACAACUAUACAAAUUAUCCAAAUUACCUGGGCCACAGGACUCAAAAGGAAGCAUCCAUCAGCUGGGAGUCCUCUCUUUUCCCUGCACUUGUUCAAACCAACUGUUACAAAUACCUCAUGUUCUUUGCCUGCACCAUUUUGGUACCAAAGUGUGAUGUGAAUACAAGCCAGCGUAUCCCCCCUUGCAGAGCACUGUGUGAGCACUCCAAAGAACGCUGUGAGUCUGUUCUUGGGAUUGUGGGCUUACAGUGGCCUGAAGACACAGAUUGCAAUCAAUUUCCAGAGGAAAAUUCAGGCAACCAGACCUGCUUAAUGCCUGAUGAAGAUGUGGAAGAAUGCUCACCUAGUCAUUUCAAGUGUGGCUCUGGACGGUGUGUUCUGGCUUCCAGAAGGUGUGAUGGCCAGGCCGACUGUGAUGAUGACAGUGAUGAAGAAAACUGUGGCUGUGAAGAGAGAGAUCUCUGGGAAUGUCCUUCCAGUAAGCAAUGUUUGAAGCACACACUCAUCUGUGAUGGAUUCCCAGACUGCUCUGAUAACAUGGAUGAAGAAAACUGCUCACUUUGCCAAGCUGAUGAACUAGAAUGCGCGAACCAUGAGUGUGUGUCACGUGACCGGUGGUGUGAUGGUGAAGCUGACUGCCUAGACAGUUCAGAUGAAUGGGACUGUGUGAUCCUCUCUAAAAAUGGGAACUCAUCUUCCUUCCUGACUGCUCACAGAUCUGCCAUAGAAUACCUCGUGUGUGCGGAUGGCUGGCAGGAGGCGUUGAGUCAGCUGGCCUGCAAACAGAUGGGUUUAGGAGAACCAUCUGUGACCGAAUUGAUACAGGAACAGGAGCAAGACCAGCAGUGGCUGACUUUACACUCCAACUGGAAGAGCCUCAAUGGGACCACUUUGCAUGAACUUCUGGUAAAAGGGCAGUCUUGUCACAGCAGAAGUAAGAUUUUUCUUCUGUGUACUAAACAAGACUGUGGGCGCCGCCCUGCUGUGCGAAUGAACAAAAGGAUCCUCGGGGGUCGGACAAGUCGCCCUGGAAGGUGGCCCUGGCAAUGUUCCCUGCAGAGUGAACCCAGUGGACACAUUUGUGGCUGUGUCCUCAUUGCCAAGAAGUGGGUUCUGACAGUUGCCCAUUGCUUUGAGGGGCGAGAGAAUGCUGCCGUUUGGAGGGUGGUGUUUGGCAUCAACAAUCUAGACCAUCCAUCGACUUUCAUGCAGACGCGCCUGGUGAAGACCAUCAUCCUGCACCCUCGCUACAGCCGAGCUGUAGUGGACUACGACAUCAGCAUAGUGGAGCUAAGCGAAGACGUCAAUGAAACGAGCUACGUCCGGCCAGUCUGCUUACCCAGCACGGAGCAGUUGUUAGAACCUGACACAUACUGCUUUAUCACAGGCUGGGGCCACAUGGGCAACAAAAUGCCUUUUAAGCUGCAAGAGGGAGAAGUCCGCAUCAUUUCUCUGGAGCAGUGUCAGUCCUACUUUGACAUGAAGACCAUCACCACUCGGAUGAUAUGUGCCGGCUACGAGUCUGGCACAGUCGACUCAUGCAUGGGUGACAGUGGUGGGCCUCUUGUUUGUGAGCGGCCUGGAGGACAGUGGACAUUAUUUGGUUUAACUUCGUGGGGCUCCGUCUGCUUUUCCAAAGUCCUGGGACCUGGAGUUUAUAGCAACGUGUCAUACUUCGUUGAGUGGAUUGAAAGACAAAUAUAUAUCCACACAUUUCUCCUGAACUAAUUCCACAGAUGAUCAGAGAUGUUUGCCAGCCACGCUCAGAGAAAAUGGCCUUCUUGACUGUGGAGAGCUUUCCUGCAGAGAACUGUGCAGAAGCACUUUUCAUGGGCAGGGUACUCAACAGUGCUGCAAAUUUUUGUAUUAGUUUUGGUCUAAUUUUAUUCAGCUUUUUUUUUUUUUAUGUUUUCCUCUUAGUUCAAGUUCAAUGAAAGGCUUUAAAAAAACAAA